CCUCUGUUCGACGUCCUCAACCGGUUCGUCUUUAGCCUCAAAUCCGUAUGAUUGGUGACGCAUGCGAGAAAGGUAGAACCUUCAAUUCAAUUGGAAAAAGAAAAGGCAGUUUGAAGGAAGAGAUCGGUUCUGUCUGUAUGGAUGCCAAGAAGCUAGACACUGGCUUGAGAGAUGCAAUCAGCUUGCUCCCUCAAGAGGUUUUGGGCGACAUCUUGUCCUUACUUCCGACCAAACUGGCUGCUUCAACAUCUGUUCUAUCGAAAAAGUGGAGGAAUGUGUUUGCAUUGGUGCACAAUCUCGAUUUUGAUGAUUCUGUCUUGCUGCGACCAGAAGAGCGUAAUGAAGAGUGGGAUGUGAUCCGAGAGAGCUUCAGGAACUUUGUGGAUAGAACAAUCGCUAUGCAAUGUGGUUCUCCUAUCAAGAAAUUCUCUCUAAAAUGUCAGAUUGUCGGGGACAGCGAGAUGGCUCACGUGGGCCGUUGGAUAAGUAAUGCCAUAGAGCGUGGUGUUUUGGAAGUGGACCUAAGUUUAAAGACUUACGCUAGACUCUUUCUGCCUUGUGAGCUCUUCAAGAGCAAGACGCUGGUUAAGCUGACACUGGGAUCACAAAUUUCUCUGAUGAAGAUGCCUCCAGAUGUGUCUCUUCCAGUGCUCAAGAGUCUCUUCAUCGAUUCGAUAUUCUUUGAUGGAGGCGAUUUGUGUUAUGUGUUUCUUCCUGGUUGUCCUGUACUCGAGGAGUUGUUUGUACGUCACGAAGAGGAGGUUGGAAUCCCACUCUGCAUAUGUAGUGCGACCAUAAAGAAACUAUCAGUUUACUACGACUUGGAAUCUGAAAUUGAUUUUAUGGGUGGUAUGUCAUUUAACGCACCAAGUCUUGUCUCCCUCAACUACCGCGAUUAUGCAUUGUCUGAGUACCCACAAGUUAACUUGAAGUCCCUAGUCGAAGCUAGGCUGGAUAUUCAUUAUUCUAAAGUGAUCAAGAAGCCGAAUCUAACGGGUCUCAUUAGAGGGAUGAGCAACGUCAAGACACUGCAUCUUUCUCCCGCUUCUGUUGAUGUGAUUUCUCUGUGUGUUAAAAAACAUGGACUACUUCUACCGGUGUUCAACAAUCUUGUGAAUUUGUCUUUUGGGAGUAAGAAUAAACGAGGUUGGAAACUGCUGCCAUAUCUGCUUAAGCAGUCUCCAAAACUUGAAACUGUAAUCAUCCAGGGUCUGGAUGGUUACACAAGCGAUCUUACCAUGCGAGUGAAGGUCUUGCAUUAGGAAUAGAAUUUAAAGAAGAAGUAGAGGUGAGUUGGAGAUGGUAGUAGUAUGAUGCAUAUUUCAUUAUUAAGGUAGUUUGAAAUAUUUUAAAAAAUGAUAAAAACAAACAAAAUUAAUUGAAGAAUAACAGAAAAAGAAACCAUUUGUAUAUAAGGAAAAGAAAGGUAGACUAAUGAAAUUGACGCAAGGUGUGAAAUCAACAAAACCACUACGCAAAACCAUAAACCUCUCUCAACUUCCCCACACAAAACAACAAAACCUCUUUCCUCUUCUUCUUCUUCUUCCUCUUGUUCUUGCUUUUAUUCUUCUGCCUUUUCUCUUUCUUCGACAAUCAUUCACAC